CUUUAUCAGCUUUCUUGAGUGCAGCUAAUGCUUCUGCGUUAUAUUUUAUUUUCGAAGCACAAGUUUUUCGAAUCUCUUCUAUAAAUGGGCCAACCCUUUCCGUUCCCAAUUUACAGUGUGAAGCAAGAAAGGCAAUGGGCGCUACGAAGACAGCCGGUAAAAAUCCUCCUGCAGUAAAGAUUCCGACUCGGGGCUUUAUAUCUUCGGCGACGGAGACAGAGAAGGCGGCGGCGAAGGAAGACGAGGGGCAGCAGCUCAGCCCAGCGGCGAGGAUUUUCCGGCAGCCUCAGUUCAACUGUCACAUCAUAGCCAUUUUGGGGAUGGGAAAAUUCAUCCGCGCCGACGAGCUGAAGGCCGGCCUCGAGGCCACGCUCGUCCGCCACCCGCGCUUCUCCAGCGUCCAGGUAACGGAUUUGUCCGGGAGCGAUAAACCGCGAUGGGUCCCAACUAAGGUUAACCUAGACAACCACGUCAUCUACCCAGAUAUCAGCGACGCCACCACCGCCGCCGCUGCAGAUGAUCCCGUUGUCGGAGACCGCUUUGUCGAGGAUUACACCUCUGGUCUUUACCACUCCCCUCUCGACCCAUCCCAUCCGCUUUGGGAUCUCCAUUUCCUCCCCAUCCGCACCUCCGAGGCAACUUGCGUCGGUGUCUUUCGCAUUCACCACUCCCUCGGCGACGGCAUCUCUCUCAUGUCCCUAUUCCUCGCCUGCACUCGCCGAACCUCUGACUACGAAUCUCUUCCAUCUCUCCCCGCUGCCCGACGCCGGUCCGCCGCCGCUGUCUCCGGCUUCGGCCCUUGGGUGCUCCUCUUCUGGAUCUGGACCUUUCUUGUUUACGCUUGGAACACGCUUGUCCAUGCUUUCCUCUUCGUUGCCUCCGCCUUCUUUUUAAAGGACACUAGGACGCGAAUCAUGGGGUCGGAGGGCGUCGAGUUCCGGCCGAAGAGAUUUGUGCACCGCACCCUCAGUCUUGACGACAUUAAGGAUAUAAAGAACGCCAUGGGUUGCACCAUCAAUGAUGUUCUAGUGGGAGUGACGUCCGCCGCUCUGUCUCGUUAUCUCAGCAGGAGCUAUGACGGCUGCCUUCCCAAAAACUUACGGAUUAGAACUUCGCUGCUUGUUAAUAUUCGGCCGACCCCGGGAAUUAAUGCUUUGGCCGAAAUGAUGAGAAAGGGCAGCGGAGCCAAAUGGGGUAAUCAGAUGGGGUACAUGCUGCUCCGUUUUCCUGUAAUGGAGUGUGAGGAUCCUUUGGAUUAUAUCCGGAAGGGAAUGGCAGUUGUCGAGAAGAAGAAGAAAUCAUGGGAGGCCAUAUUUACUUAUAUUUCGUCUUUGGUGAUUGUUAAGACUUUGGGAUUUAAGGUGGGGACAAUUUUGUGUCACAGGAUCGUCUCUAACACAUCUUUAUCAUUCUCAAAUAUUGUUGGGCCAAUGGAGGAAGUUGGUUUUUGUGGUUCUCCCUUGGUCUACAUUGCUCCUAGUGUUUAUGGACAUCCACAGGCCCUGACGAUUCACUUUCAAAGUUAUCUAAAUAAAAUGAAGGUGGUGCUUGCAGUUGACGAGCUUGUGAUUCCAGAUCCCCACAAGCUUCUGGAUGACAUAUCGCACUCUCUCCAAAUCAUCAAGGAUGCAAUCACGAGAUUUUGAGAAGCCAUUCCAUCAAUUCUAAAUGUUUUAAUCUUUAAUGAUCAGGUGGGUGUUACAUUUUAGCAAAAUUAAAUUGUAUCACAUUUCCGCUAUUUUUCUAGGGUAAAGAUUAUCUGUAUUGUUCUUAAUCACAUGAUUAAAUCCCUAAUUUUCUUUUCAUAUAUGCUAAAUGUGAGUCAUUUUAAGAAUUUAUAUGUAAUGUUUUAAAAAUAAUUAAAUUGCAGGGAUUGAAAUCAUGUAUUUUAGAUUAUGAUUAUUC